CACAAAUAUAGAAGAAAAAAAAUCGUAUGUUUUCAAAUAAAAGAGAGAGAGAUAAAGAGAUGAUUUUGCCACACAAGUGGAAUCCAAGCUGAGAAAAGACACGUUCAUUUGUCACUUACCAUACAAAUCAAGAUCAUAUGUUUUCUCUAUGACGUGCAUACUAACUUUUCCACCCAUUCUCUUUGCCCUCUUUUACGCUUAAUUCUUCAUUCUUGUUCUUUCUUCUCUCUUCUCUCUUCACCAUCAUCAACAACACACAACGGAAGAACCCUAGUUUCUUCAUUAUUCAUAUCAAACUUUCAGUCUUUACCAAACCCCAUCACAGAUAUAAUAUAUCCCCCACCCCAUGACUCUCCCUUCUCCCAACCCCAACUCCUCAUUAUUCCUUCCCCAUCAUCCUCAUCUCCAAGAAUCAGAUCAAACUCUUUCUGAACAUGAUCCACAGAAGCCUCUUGAGGAGGAGGAUGAGAGUAGUCGGGAGCGGUUGAAGCGCCACCGUAUGGCCGUGGCGGGGCACGUUUGGAUUCCGGACAAGUGGGGAAAAGAGGAGUUUUUGAAGGAUUGGAUCGACGGCUCCGCAUUCGAAGCCUCUUUGUUUCAUUCUGGGAUUGUGUCGGCUCGCUGUGCUUUGGCUCGUGAUGCUAAGAGAUUGUCCCCGAAUAAUAACACUGCCACCGCCGCUGCCACUGCCACUGCGGCUGCAGGAGCUUUGAGAAUACUAAACAGUAGUACUUGUUAAACGUAUUAUGAAUAUUAUUAAGUUGGUAUGAUGUUGUGUUUUGAUUUUGUUAAUAAUGUGGUUAUUAAUUGGGUUAUGUAUAUUGAAAUAAUAUCGUUCUAUCUCUCUCACUCACUCCAUCGAAUAAUCCACUUGUGAGAGCUGAUACGAUCUCUCUCUUGAAGAGAUCUAUAUGAUCAUAUUAUUGAAAAGUUUGAAUGAUUAUUAUUAUUAAAUUAAAUAUCUAUCUAUUUGUUGGAA